AUGUGGCUCAAGAACUGGCGGCAAUUAGGAGCACGACGACUCUUGCGCAAAGCGAAGUCAAGGACCAGAGAACUCGGCGGGAAAGGCCCGGUGUUCUACUACACGGUGUAUAUGUUCCGCAAAGCGGGAGUGCAGAUAAAUGCUUUCUAUUGCACAGUGUUUAUAGGCGUUGGUCGACUUGCAAGCACAUGUGCAUCUGCUUGCACUCUGGACGUCUUGGGGCGUAGACCCUUACUUGCGGCAACAGCACUGAUCUGUGCUGUGUCAGAGGGCGUCGCUGGGGCCUUCCUGAUCUUGGAGGUAGAAGGGACUGAAUGGGUGCCCUUGGCGUCCGUGAUAGUGUUCGUGAUCAGCUAUGGCAUUGGUCUGGGACCCAUUCCGUGGGCAUAUCUCGGCGAACUCCUACCAACACCCGUCAGGUCUCUAGGAUCUUCAAUAAUCAACUUCGGUUAUUCCAUUAUUCUGUUCACUGUAAGCCUUGUGUUCCUGAAGGAGGUAUCUUACCUGGGCCUCGGCCUGACGCUGCUUUUAUUCGGAGGAGCAAACCUGGCCAUCGUCCCGCUGGUGCUGCUCUUCAUUCCCGAGACGAAAGGGCGAACUUUGCAAGACCUGGAAAAGGCCUUCACAUCCAGGAAGAAAAUAGUGCAAGAGAAAGACAACCCUGCGUUUGAAAUGGAGUUGCCGAAUGCAGCAGAAGGCACAGGGUACACUUCUUUCCCAUUUGAUACCAUCACAAUGAAGAGAAAAUCUAUUUUUACAUCUGAUAUAGGGAAGGCAUCCAAUGGUGCUAAGAUCCUUCCUAAACAAUCGUCCUUGCAAGGAAAGCAGCAAAAGGAAUCCACAGCCUGGAUCGUCCAGAGCCCUACACCCACAACCCGAACUUGCCAGAGCUUUAUCGCAGCAGCAGCCAAUCCCUUCCGCUCUGCACCACAGAGCUCUGUCACCCCAGCCGGGUCCGUCAUGUCCUCGUCCUAG